AUGGAUGCUACCACGUGUGCUGUGCUUUCGGCUUUCUCGUCUGUAUUAGGCCAAGAGGAAGGGGAUCGACGUUCGGCCGAGCGGAAUCUCACUGCUUUGGAAGUACUUGACUCUUUCCCUGGUAUCCUUAUCCGUCUGGUCGCCGAUGAAGAGGUGGCACUUGAAGUCCGCCAACUUGCUGGUAUCACUUUGCAACACUAUAUCACAAAGCACUGGGAUCCGACGGAUCGCGAAAACUUUAAAGAACCUGAGCCUUCCAGCGAGGUAAAGAACAACAUCCGGAGAACUCUCAUCCGCACACUCCACUCACGUGUUCGCCUGAUUCGUACUACUGCUGCGCACAUUAUUGCUACUAUUGUUCAGUUCGAUUGGCCAGAUGCAUGGCCUACUCUGUUCUCCGAACUCACCGAUCUGGUCGAUUCAGCGACUACGGGAGAUAAACUGGAGCUGGGAGAUCGCGAGGCCGCUAUUCACGGGGUUAUGCGAGUUCUGGUCGCAAUCAGUGGUGAAGUAUCCGACCUGGACAUUCCACAACUUGCACCAAUACUUUUACCUAGGUUGGUUCGAAUUUUAAGCCAUAAACAGCAAUUCGGUAACGCGACGAGAAGGAGCGUCAUCACGGUGCUUGAUACUCUCAUUACCCUCGUUCUCGGAGCACAUAAUGAGACCGCAAUGGAAGCGUGCAUCGGAUAUCACCUUAACCCAUGUUUGGAUCAGCUUUUGGUAGAUCUCGCAACAGCCACCCGUUCACCAGCGGAGUUGCCAUUUGAGUGCGAAUUGCUGCAGCUCGUUAACCUGUGCAUGGAACUUCCUUCUUUUGUCGAACAUCAACUAAAGGAAGUUCCAGGUCGACUCACUAGCACACUGGGGCUCAUUUUGGCUCGCGUUACUCAAACUUAUUUGGAGACCAAGGUUUCCCGCGCUUCAUGUGAUACAUCAGAUGGUGAUGUGGCGGACUCGGACGGCGAGUCCACCGAUUACGACCAUAUGGUUUACUCAGUGUUGGAAUUUUUGUCCCGCUGUAUAAGCGUCAAACAGUAUCGAUCUGAACUGGAAGCGUCACUUUCUGAUGUUUAUUUUCAACUUGCAUUGUUGCUUCAGCUACCAGAAAACUCGAUCCUUCGAUGGUCGACCAACACAGCUACCUUUCUGGAAGAAUCAGAGGAAGUUUUAGGUUGUUCCGUUCGUUUGUCGGUGCUGGAUUUGCUCAAGAAACUCACCGGAAACUUCCGCAAUUGGCGCGCUGCAUUUGGUUACGCACUGGGACGGCUGUUAUCAUUUGCUGAGAACUUGCACUCCAAGAAAGACCCCAACUGGUGGAAACAUUUGGAAGCUGCAUUUAGCUUAUGCGGAGGUCUUCCGUCCUACUUUCAACAGGAUGACCCUGUCAAUUCGAACGAUGGGAACUCUUCCAAUCAGCUGAGUACACUCUAUGCUCGCUAUUUAAUUCCCAGUUUGGAACAAUCAGAAUACCCUUUCCUACAAGUCGGCGCUCUUCAUUGUGUGACACAGUUGUCGAUGCACUUGAAUUUUCCGUCGUGUGAAUUUCAGCUCACUAGACUUCCAAUUUUGUUCGUUGACGCACUCGCCCAGUCUCGGCAUGCGGUUUUGCGCGUCAGUGCUGUAAAAGCUCUUGGCACUGUGAGCGGCCGCCUUCGUCGUUUCCUCACCGAUGCUGCACCGAGCGAACGAGCUUCGACUGUAAUUGUACAGCAUUUACCAACUCUCGUUGUCGGAGUGGUUGACUGUUUAUCCCAAUUCGGUGAUCCUAUUUUGGACGAUGGUCUAUACGCCUUGCAGGAUCUAUUACGCAUCGAUCCACAGGGCUUCACUUCAAGCAUACGGAGUCAAAUGAUCACAAUUCUAGUCAGUCUGUUUAGGAGCGUUUUCGAAGUCGCUUCCACCAUGCCAAUUUACCUGAGUGUUCUGCAAGCGCUUCAACAGUCAGGCGAUCGGUCCACAAACGAGGAGAUCGAGCGGAUGUUUUUGCAAACCUUACUAAAUCAUUUGGAGAAUCCUUGCUCGGAGUCACUGGCAACUGAGGCUUCCCUCCAACUACUCUGCGCACUUAUUCUUGGAUCAAGGCCCCACCUCAGCUCUGUGCUCAUUCAGCGGUUGUUUCCGGUUGUGGUGCACAUCGCAAUCACCAGCACAGACGCUACACUCAUUUCGGGAUGUUGCGAAUCCUUGCGUUGUUACUUGGCGGUGGAUGUCGAUGGCGUCCUCGAAUGGCAUGAUGACGAAGGUAAUAACGGGAUUAGAUACAUUCUUCACGUAGCAUCGCGACUUUUGGAUCCCGCUGGACCCGUUGAAUGGGGAACAGCUGCCGGCCGAUUGGUGUGUGCCAUAUUGCUCCGUGUGCAGCACGACCAGUUGGAUGAGAACAUGGAUCUUCUUUUGAGAGGCACCUUGGCACGUUUGUCCACCUUGCCAUUGAUAUCGAACUCGGGACGGACUCUGUAUUCUCUGGACGAUGGUGACUUCACCUCUUUUGAUUUGGAAUCUGGUAGUGUUGCUGGGGCUCGUCAAAGUUUGCUGUUCGUUUUCAUCGUGCUAUGUCGUUUGCAACCCGAAGCGGCCGUCAAUUUCCUCUCUCGUGUUCCCGACCUGAAUGGACAACCUGUCCUGGCAAAAGUGAUGCGUCUUUGGUGUGCCUGCCACCCAUUUUACUUUGCUUCUCAUGAAAUCUUGAUCAGCACACUGGCGUUAUCCAGUAUGCUCCUGUAUGCAAUCACGUCUAUGGACGCUCGGCUGAUGGGAAUCAAGGCAGAUGAUUCGGAUAUCGACGAAACUGACUCAUUUGUUGCGACACGGACUCGAAACAAACAAAAAUCCCGUCCGCGCAAGAUUCUACAAGUGCCUCUUCCGGUUAAAAUCUAUAAACUUCUCAUCAAAGAACUGGGCAAACAAACAGAGGAGGAGGAGGGGGACAAUCCAGACGACGUUGAGUCCGAGGAAGACAGCGAGGCGGAUUCACUUGAGGACGCCAACCACAGGCGGACAUUCGAACGUGGCCUUGGUCAUCAAUCCGAAGGGGACUCCCUAUAUGAGUUCGAUACGGAUGAUCCCAUCUAUUCCAACGACUCUACCUUGAAAAUAGAUAUCAAAGAACACCUUUGCAACCUGCUUCGCGAGAUGCAGCAGCAACCACUUUACAGCGAAUUCAGCCAAUACCACACAAAGGCAGAGUUAUCCGUUUUGCACAGAAGUGGAAUCAUUCAGCUCAGGUGA